AAACGGCAGCCGGCUCUGAGCUGUGGUGUAGUGAGGAGCUCCGUUAACGCGAACCUCUACGCUCGACCCACGUCACGGAACGCGAUGCCGAAGUUUUUGGAGCAGCGUUAUUCCAUCAAAUUUGCGGUAAAGCUUGGGAAAUCGCCUACCGAAACUGUCGGUAUGAUUAACCAGGCUUACGGGGAGUCAGCCAUGUCCAGAAACAUGAUCUUUCGGUGGCACAAGAUGUUCGUGGAGAGCAGAGAAGAGGUAGACGACGAACCACGGCCUGGACGCCCAUCAACGACACUCACCGACGAAAAUGUGCAAAAAAUUCGCCAUAAACUGAACUCUGAUCGUCGUCUUAGUGUUCGGAUGAUAGCAGAGGAGUGUAAUAUGCCAAAAACAAUAGUGCACGAGAUUAUUAGGGACCAAUUAGGCAUGCGAAAAAUCUGUGCAAAGUUGGUGCCAAAAGUGCUCAGUGAUGAUCAAAGACUCAAUCGUUUGGAAAUUGCGACACAACUUGCGGAUCGAUGCAAAAAUGAUCCAAAUUUUUUAGAGAACGUUGUUUCGGGUGACGAGACGUGGGUGUUUGAGUACGACCCGGAGUCGAAGAGACAAAGUGCGGAGUGGCAAACCCCAGCAUCACCCCGUCAAAAGAAAGCUCGCAUGAGCACAUCUCGGAUCAAGGCGAUGCUCAUUGUCUUUUUUGACAAAAGAGGAGUCGUCCACCACGAAUUUGUACCUGAAGGACAAACUGUGAAUGCUGCCUUUUACGUCCAAGUGCUCGACAGGCUUCGAAAACGAGUCGCCCGCGUCCGGCCAGAGAUCAAAAACAUCUGGCGGCUGCAGCACGACAAUGCGCCGUCUCACACCGCGCUUGUCGUGUCGGAGUUCUUGACCAAGCACGGCGUGGCAACGCUGCCGCACCCGCUCUACAGCCCGGACUUGGCACCACCGGACUUCUUUCUGUUCCCCAAGAUAAAGAGGAGUUUGAAAGGAACGCGUUACGGGACUUUGGACGCCGUCAAAGAGGCCGUGACGACGUGUCUUCGAGAGGUCCCCGAUGAUGCCUUCGCGAGAGCGUUCCAGGAAUGGGAACGCCGCUGGGACAAGUGUAUCGAUUCACAAGGGACCUAUUUUGAGGAAUAUUAGUACAAUAAAUUUUUUUUCCCGAGCUCAGUACACUUAUUUUCCGGACAUAUAUAUACAAUAUAUAUGAUUUUUUACGACGAAUAAAAUAUAUGUUCUACUCAUUUCUUAAACUUGUGUAACAUUCUAAGGCACUAUCAACAAUUCUCGAUAUUAGUUUUAGCUAUACAUCUAUAAUUUAAAAUAUCUCAGGAAUUAUAAGAGAGCGCAGCCUAAUUUCGAGCGUUUGUUACUCAGGAUUGAAUCCUCUAUAAGUAAGUUUUUGUACAAAUUUAUCGAAAACGAGUUACAACGUGCAUUUAUUUAGAAAAUUAAAUAUGUACAUAUAAAAUUAAAUUAAUAAAAUAAAAUAAAAUUAAUUAAUAUCAUGAAUCUCGCAACGUGUCAGUUUAUAAAAAUUGCAUAAUAUGUAUUAUGAUUUCUCAAGGUAUUAAAUAUUGCGAUAAUUGUUCCAGAUCUGACAGCACGCUUGUCUUGGAUAAAUUGGGAGAAUCUAGGAGUGAAUCGAAUUCGGCGAUCGGUGCUUACAACCCUUGCGCUGACAACCGAUAACAUGAAUUGAAUAUUCAACCAAAGACCUUUUCGUAAAAAAUCGCAUGGCAUUUCCUCUUUUCUUUGUAAAUACAUUUGAGUUAAGAUAUAGAGAAAGGGACGGAGAAAGAAACAAAGUGUCAAAAACUCUUCUGCAAUUUCGUUUAAAUUUCACGUGCAAUAUAGAAGAGACGAGUAUUGUAUUCAGUAUUUAUACAUGUGUAAAAGAACUAGUUAGUACAAUUUAUAGCAUUUGCUUUGGAAUAAAAUCGAUGCUAUUCGCGA